AUUGUUUUAGUGGACAAUUCACUUUCUUGCACUAAAAACUACAUUAAGCCUCUGAGUGGACGCUGCCACUUUCCUUCCAUUAUCCUCCUUAUAUAUAUAACCUGUCAAUCUGAACUCAUUAACACAAAGAAAUCCUCACCAAAAAUCCAUUAUUGUAAUCAGCAAAGAAAUUUUUUUUCUCAAUGGGUAUCCCUCAUUUCCUUAUUCCCUCUCUUUGUUGUGAACUAAAAGUCUUGCAAGCCAGAAACAUAGAGCUAAAGUACCCUGGAAAUCUUUUUGUGAGAUACUAUCUUUUUGCAGGAAGCAACAAGAGAGUUAAAGUAGACAGCCAUGAGAUCUCCUCAAAGUUGGACCCCAUUUGGAAUGAAUCCUUCUCCUUGGAAUGCUCGGGAACCCAAGAAUCUAUCAAUGGCCUGAAGCAACAAACCCUAGUUUUUGAGCUCCGUUGCAGGAGCAAAAUGAUGACAGUUCUUGGAAAGAUGGGGAAGUCAAAGCUUUUGGGAAGAGCUGAAAUACCAUGGAAGGCUGUUUUAGAAUCACCAAACAUGGAGAUUGAGAAGUAUUGGGUUACCAUGUCCGUGAAUGAUUGUGUUCUUGAAAGUCUUAAGCCUCCUUCAAUACAAAUAUCAAUGAAAUUAGGUGAAGGUCCAGCAAUUGUGGAAACAGAGAAGAAGAAGAAGAGAAAACAAAGUUUGAAGAACAGCUGGGAUAGAUGUGGAUGCAAAGAUGUUGGUGGAGGGUGCUGCAGCUGUGCAGAUUAUGAAAUAUUUGCACUAGCGGCUGCUAUGGAAGCACUUUAGCCAAUUAAAAACAAUGUUUAACUUGUUGUUGAGAGAUUCUUUUUCUUUUAAUUAACAAUGUAGAGAGAGAUUUCAUUCUACUUAACUCUUUCGAAUUUACAUUUUAUAGAUUCAAUCGGGCUUAAAUUUACAAUUUAAA